ACAGACGUGAUCUCCUUCUCCACUGUUUACGCGUCCUCCUCACGUCAACUCAUUUGUAAAGCCUAAUAAAGCCUCACUAGUAUGUACUUGCUCUUCUCUCUUCUCCUUGUAACUCUCCCAAAUUCUUUCUCUCGUCUCUUCUUCUCUAAACAAACAUGGAUACUCUUGUAUGGGACAGUAACAGUAAGCUCUACGACUCCUUUGAGGUGAGCUCAAUCAAGCGUCAACUUGACUCUGCCGUCGCCGGCAGAUGCCGAAGCGAUCCCACUCUCAUGAUGAUAGCAGAAGGUAGGAAGAAGAAGUCCAAGUUGUCAAGGUCUUUGCAGAAGCUGCUGAGAUUGGUGUUUGGGUUCAAGCAGGGAGAGGCUGCGUGGUUGGAGAGGUAUGGAUAUGGAGUGGAUGGGAGAGAGGAGGUGCCGGAGAGCAUGUACCCCGUGCGUUGGAGCGGCGGCGGGCUGGCUUCAAUACCUGAAGUGUCGGAAAAAGGAAUGGAGUCGCCGGACAUAGAUUAUUCGGCGGUGAGGAGAGCCGUGUCCGAGCGGUUCACAAGCUCAACGUCCGGCGGCGCCGUGCUUCUCACUAUUCCAGCUCCAUGAAGACGAUCACCUGGCGAGUAUUAUUCAUAAUAGUCUGCUUGAUCAAUCUCCUUCCUUAAGUUUGUGCAUUGAAUGUAUCGUAUAGCAUAUUACUUGACUUGAGAUUAAGGUUAUAGCUCAUAAAUAUUUUUUCAAUGUUUCUUAUGAGCAUAACUUUUAUGUGAUGUAGACGAGCUUAAUGUAUGGGACUGUGCUGAACUAAUAUUAUUAGUUUUUUUAUGGUUCGAAA